UUUGACUCACAAAUUGUUUAAACGUACGUUUAAGUUAUAAAACGUAUUUAUAAAAAGUAACUGUUUUGGUUUUAAAGUCUUUUUAGGGCAGAAUCUUCUCAACCUAAAUUUUUUUUUGAAAGUAUUUUUUUUUCUUAACAAACUUUUAGAUAUUUAAGCAGAAAAUAUGUUCUGAAGUGAUUUUCCUGCUUUGGUUUUAGAAGUGAAAAUUUGUUUUGAGUUCUGAGGAAAAAAAAUUUUAAUAGUUUACCAGGUGGGGUCGGUGUUAAAGUGGUGCUCCCUCUUAUCCGUUUACUGACUUUCUGGACGAUUUACCAGUACAAAGAAAGUAGCUCCAGAAAUGAUGCAGCGGUGGACAAAAAUCUUCCUUAGGAAACAUGUUGCUCCGUCGUGUUACGAAUCUCUUCCAACAUCACCGCAUGCCCUACUUUUGUCCUUAUUCAGACGCGCUGAUGUGACUGGUAAGGACAAAAGACCAUCAUUUACAGGGGACUCUAAUAGGGCCUACAGCGAAGAGUUUGGUGCAGAGUUUGGGAGGACUGUUGAAACAUCUAUGAGUGAUACUGCUCCUGCAGACUCCCUACCGAGAAAUGACAUAAAGGACAUUCAGGAACCGUCGCUUUUAUCUUCGUCUGUUGGUUGCACUGAGGAAAAAAUCCCAGAAGGAUUAAACAGAGACCCGGAGACUAUAAGCUCCACCCAGAAGACACAACAUUCAGAAAUGCGCCGACUGGAGAUCGAUGAACAAGCUGUUAAACGGGUAGUGGAUAAGGAGAUGCUAGAUGCGACAGAGUUGAAGUUGUUGAAUCUGACUGGUAGUUGCCUUCUAGUCACAACGAGUAGCUCGGAUGGCUCGGACUGGCGGUUUCCCUCGUCUGAAAAGCAAAGAAUUUGGAAAAUUGUACCCCGUUUCGAUUCGUUGCGGGCUAUAAAGAAUUCCGUGCGAAGUCAUUCUAACUUAAACGGAAGGUUCCAGACGCAAACUGAAGGGAGGAGCGAGGAAAACCUAUUCGACUUAUUCAGAGUGAGUAGUCGUCCUUUCUCUUUGGCUGCGGACGAAGGCCUGACUAGUUCGAUUCUGGAAAACAACCAACCAAAUGCCACAGACGUUUCACCGCUGGAUUUUGUUGCUCCGCCCAAUACCUCUCGGAAAAGAGCCGAAAUAUCUGGCAGAAAGGAUUCUGUACUUAUGCAGGAAAAGUCUAUUCCAGUGCAACGCAUCGAUGAUUCAAAACUUUUCGAUUUGAAUUUGACAGAUUUCUUUGCUGACGAUGUUUUCACAGUCCCAGAAAUGUACAAGGGUUCACUGCAAGCAGCAGUGCAGGACAUUGCGAACUCUAACCACCCGAAUAGUAUCAAGUAUGUUGGCGUACAUCAAGAUUUGGGUCACCUUAUCAUCGGUCAAAAUGAUAAAAUUCUUGGCAUUGUGCCUAAACGUGAUGAUUCCGAUAUGACUUCUAGCGAAUGCACCCCAACUGAUAUCAUUGAUUCCACAAUUCAUGAGAAUUUGUUAUUAGGGUACAGUGCGAAGUCGAAGGUUAUACCCUACACAGAUUAUCGCAAAACCUUCCUAGAAAACAAGUAUGACAAUAUUCCGCUAUGCGGUGGUUUUGGUGCCCUCGCGUUGAACAUGUUGGUAGAUGUCUCCAAACAGCCAGCCUCUACUAAGGGCACGUCAGCUAGUAUUGAAAACCAGGCCAAAACUGUCGAUAAGGGUAGCACUUCCUCGACCAGCUUGAGUGCGGCUGCGCAGGAUAUGUUCACUGUUCCAGUUGUACGCUUCGGAUCAGGAGAACUGGGCGAUGGGGACGAGCCUGCAGGUCAAAAGGACCCUAGCAUUGAAGCUGGUGGAAAAAAUAAAGAUUCACGUAAAGGAGCUAGUGGCAAAUCCUCACCUGGCUGGGCAGCUGGACUAAAAAGUGGACUUCAGACUAAUAGACCUCCGUUAAAUGUUGGAACCACAUGUGAAUCACCUAAGCAUAUGUCGGAAAACCCCGCACCGCUAGGACAAUCGGUCAUCCUGUCUCAUUCCAACAGACUUGAGGAAUCUGGGGCGAAUGGAAGCAUCGGCGGCUCCGGUGAACCUUCGCAACAGGAUGGUUAUCCACAAGUUCCGAUUUUAUGCUAUCCAGCAGGCAACAGAGUGAGGAGGACCAAAAGUGGACGAAUAAAAUUUCCGCGACCGUGCCCAGUGCCAAUCGCUUCGCAACAACCCUCCGGAUCUGCAGUACUACCGGCUCUUGAAGGUACUGCUGGCUACAGCAUGGAAGGUUUGAGUCCUUCGGAACCUCCGUAUUCUCCUUCUCCACCGAACCCGCCUAGUUGUGAAAACCUCGGAAGCGCACCUUUAGUUCACGAUUCGAGUAAUGGUAUCCGUUGCUGCCCAUGGCCUGCCCACUUACCUUGUCCAUGUGUGCCCAAGGAAAGUACGCAAAGGAGCCUGAGAGAAGAGAUAUUUGCAGAACCACAAAUGAAUGACACAUUGGUUGAUAGAACGGAAAUUGAUGAGCCUCCGAUCAUUGACAAUAAUAUAGAAGAUGAUAGGCAGGAUGCUGUAUCAGAAAGAAGACGAUGUGCCUGCAUGUGGCCAUGUGGGUAUCCAUGUCCAGAUUGGAACAAUCUCAAUCGAAUAGCUUCUCCACAGCCGAUUCCAUUAUCAGAAAUGGGACAAUCGCAGCAACUUCUUGAAAUGGAUGAUAUUACAGGAACCCCCAUGGGACCUCUAGUUCGAGCGGCUUAUGAGCCAACCUAUCAUCCGACUUCUACAUAUCCUGAAUCUGCCGCCUCAGACGCUUACUUGCGCACACCAUCUUUGCAUUCAGCGGAGUCAGCCGAAACUGUUUCAUUUCAAUCUGCUCCAUCAUAUCAAUCUGUGCCGAUGAGUGAAUCACCGGAGUCGUACCAAUCAAUACCAGCAUCAUAUCGGUCGGUGACGAUGUAUGAACCACUGAGAACAUAUCAAUCCGUGCCUUCAUAUCAGUCUGUAGCAAUGGAUGAACAAACUGGAUAUCAAUCAGUGCCGUCAUAUCGAACUACAACGAUGUAUGAACCCACAGGAUCAUACCGAACUCUGCCGUCAUAUCAAUCUGUAGUCAUGGAUGAAUCAGCAGGAUCAUACCAAACCGUGCCAUCAUACCAAUCUGUGGUCAUGGAUGAAUCAGCAGGAUCGUACCAAACCGUGCCGUCAUAUCAAUCGAUAGUUGAGUCUUGUCAACCUUCAGACGCAUAUCAAUCAGUACCAAGCUAUCAACCCAUGCAGACCUCUCGAGCUCCAACAUAUCAAUCUGUAGUGUCUUACCAACCGCUUCCAUCUUAUCAGUCUAUGGUAGCUCAGUCCACAGGGUCCUAUCGACCUCCGCUAUUAUAUAAAUCUGCACAGAUGCCAUCAUCUCAAUCGGCAGGUAAUAAUCAAGGAAUGCCACCAUUGGCAACCCUUCGUGCAAGUCAACAAAGUGGUGUGUCAAGCUGCAUGCCAUGGGUGCCAUGUCCAAAUUGGGUGCCAAACCCCUAUCCUGUAGUACCCAAAUCUCAGAAAAAUUCUUACCUAAGCGGGUCAAUGGUUAUGCCCAUAAUGGAGGGUGGUUUGGAUGGUGGUCGUGAAAAAGAAAAUACGGAACAGUUGAAUAAGAGCGAGGCAAAACAGGAAGGGCCAAGCGGAACAAUGACUACUGUCCCUGAAGAAACUAAGGGGGAAAGUAGUCGAUCAAAUGAACUCCAGAUAAUUCCGUCAGAAAAACCACUUGUGCCAAAGUUUGAUCCCCAAAAAUUCCGUAAUGUCAGUGCUGGAAUGAUUUCGUCGGAUCCAGAGGAAAAAGGACCAGUGGUUGGAAAAUACUUCCCCCAGUUGGGUUCCAGUUCCCUGGGGAAAGCUAGCUCGGGCACCUCCCAAUGUAACAUCACCCAAUCUCUUCAUGAACUGCUACCCGAAACGAGGGUGAACAAACCUCAAGAGUGUGAUAGUGUCUCCUGUUCUCAACCUGCGUCAUUACUAGAGCAUCGGCCAGUUGUGCGAAUCCCGAAUGGCAAAUUUGUUAAAGGGACCUCUCUUUACAAUUUUCGAAGUAUCGAAGCGGAAAUGCGGAAACUCAGUAACCAGGCGAUUCCUGGUAUCCAAUUUUACGAACAUGGACUCUUCAAAAUGUUAAACGAGCUUGGUAUUGUCGAUGUGAAUAAGUCCUCGUAUGGCGGGGAUUGGGUCGGAUCCGGCCGUGUAGUUCCUGCCACUGACCCAGCCAUGUGUAGCAAGAUCGUGGACGUGGCUUUACCGACGCGAGAUGAGGUUGACCAGUGCAUACAAGCUGCCAAAGAUGCAUCUCAGAUUUGGAUGGGAAUUCAGCCACCAUGCCGAUCGGUUGUUCUACGUGAGAUCGCUCGAAGGAUAAGGGAAAAGCGACAGCUACUUGCGCGACUGAUCAGUUUAGAGGUCGGCAAAGUCUUAAUGGACGCUCUGUGCGAAGUUCGAGGUGUUGUCAAUAUGUUCGAGUAUGCGGCAGGAUUGGCCUCCGUUCUCUCCGGCAAUAUUUUCGAGUCGGAAAGGCCUGAGCACAUCAUCUUAGAGCGGUUUCAUCCGAUGGGUGUGGUGGGAGUAAUUGCCUCCUUCAACACUCCUUUCAGCACUUUCGGGAAGAGCGCAUCUAUAUCAUUGGCCGUUGGAAACAGUGUCGUUUUCAAACCAGCUCCAACCACCAUCCUCUCAUCCAUGGCGCUUAUGAAGAUUGUGAGUGGAGUCUUUAAAUGCUUUGGCCUUCCUCCAGUCGUGACGCUAAUCCAGGGUGAUGACAAUGUAGGUCGAGCUAUGGCCCAAGAUGAGCGCAUUGAAGUCAUAGCGUUUAGUGGUCGGGCAGCCAAUGGUCAUGACGUAGGUUUGCGAGUUCAGAAUCGCUUUGGAAAGUCGAUCCUGAACCUCUAUGGUAAUAAUGCAAUGAUAGUGAACCAUGAUGCCAACCUGGAACUGGCUCUGAACGCAGCAACACUUGGCAUUGUUGACUUUGCUGGUCAGAAGAAACAGAAGAUUUCGCACAUUAUAGUUCACCGUCACUUGUACGAUCGAUUUGUGGAGGAGUUGGUUAAAAGGAUCGAGCGAGUAACGCAAUUUUGUGGACAUCCUUUGGACCCUCGAAGUAUUUUCGGGCCUCUGCAUACCAAAGGUAUCACGAAAGCAUUCACGAAGGCGGUCCAGGAAAUUCGAGAGAAUGGUGGAAAGAUCGAAACUGGAGGGGAGGUGAUCCGCGGGAAUUUCGUCCAGCCGGCGGUUGUGACGAAUAUCCAUGCGAACUCAGAGCUAAUGGCAUUCCCCAUUAUUGGACCAAUAGCAUUCGUUACGCCGGCCGCCAACAUUGAAGAAGCGAUCGAGAUAAACAAUGGCUUUUCCAAUAGGGUUAACUCCUCGGUCUUCACUAAGAAUGUUGUGGAUGUUUUCAAGUACCUCAGUCCUGAUGGAUUAGCUGGGGGUGUCAUAUCUAUUAACACUGCUAACACAGGGACGGAGCUAACAGUUUCAUUAGGAGGUGACCGAGCAGCUGGUGGCGGACGUUUUUCUGGCUCUGACAUUUGGAAGGAAUACUGUCGACGGGUUGCAGUCAAUAUAAAUUUUUCUACAAGGUUACCAUACGCCCAUGGAUCCUGCAGCAUAUUUGGUUCUGAUAAGUUUAAGCUUUUUUGAUUUUCGUUUAGAUAUAUUUAUUUUUCUACAGCAAUUAUGAAUUAAAUGUGAAUAAAUGGUAAAACUAA